GGAAAAGCAAAAUUAGAGGGACUCAAUUGGCUUUUCCUUGACAGCCUGUUUACAGCUGUAAACCAAUUCUUCUCUCUAAAAACUCUUUCUUCCUUCGCUUCUUCUUCUUCUUCUACUUCUUCUUCUACUUCUUCUCCAUCCCUAACGUCUGUACUUUCUUCUACGAACAGUAAUUGAUUUUGCACUGUGAUUAAUUUCAGUUGAUGUUAAUGGGGUUUCUGAGUCUAUGUAACGCGCCAUUUUGCAGUUACUUCCAGGUUUUGUUUUCAUGAUUAAGACUUGUUGUUCAGGCGGAUUUUACUCUUCGUUUCUUUUUGAGUUGGGGUUUUUUUUUUUUUUUUUUUUUUUAAGUGAAGUGUAGAGGGAUUGUCCAUGGAUCCGUGUCCUUUUGUGCGUUUAACUGUUGGGAAUCUUGCUCUUAAGGUUCCGGUAGCGUCUAAACCUGCUCGUUCGGUUGUUCAUCCUUCUUCGUCUCCUUGUUUUUGUAAAAUCAAGUUUAAGAAACUGCCGGUUCAAACGGUGGUUGUACCGUUUAUUCAGGCGGGGAAUCAGUUUCCGGAUGGUCAAGUUCAGUCGACGGCGGCUACUUUUCAUCUCAGUAAGGUUGAUCUUGACAAGCUCGCCGGGAAAUCUUUAUUUGCUUCGAAACCAUGCCUCAAAAUUUCUAUAUACAGUGGGAGGAGAGGUACGACCUGCGGCAUCGAUUCUGGGAGGCUCUUGGGUAGAGUGUCUGUACCUUUGGAUCUGACGGGAACUGAAUCAAAGGCAACUGUGUUUCACAAUGGAUGGAUUUCGGUGGGUAAAGACUCCAAGGAUUCUUGUGCGCAGUUCCAUUUGAACGUGAAGGCCGAACCCGACCCGAGGUUCGUAUUUCAGUUCGACGGCGAGCCAGAAUGUAGCCCACAAGUGUUUCAGAUUCAGGGUAACAUCAGGCAACCCGUUUUCACCUGCAAGUUCAGCUUUAGAACCGGCGACCGGACUCAAAGAUGCAGAUCAUUACCUACAGAAUCUUCAAGGGGGUGGCUUAGUUCGUUUGGAAGCGAAAGGGAGAGACCAGGAAAGGAGCGAAAGGGUUGGUCAAUCACCAUCCACGACCUUUCCGGCUCACCCGUUGCCGCCGCUUCAAUGGUCACACCCUUUGUUGCAUCCCCAGGUUCCGACCGAGUCAGCCGGUCCAACCCUGGUUCAUGGUUGAUCCUUCGACCCGGAGACGACACAUGGAAACCAUGGGGCCGGUUGGAGGCGUGGCGGGAGCGCGGAGGAUCAGACGGUUUAGGAUACCGGUUCGAGCUAAUUCCAGACACGAACGGCGGGAUGAGCGCGGCAGGGAUUGUACUGGCGGAGUCAGCUCUGAACAUAAACAAAGGCGGAAAAUUCUUGAUCGACUUAGGUGGAAGCUCGAACGGGAGGUCGACGCCGGUGAACCCAAUGUCGCCAGCGUGCAGCCCGAGAAGCAGUGGGGAUUAUGGGUACGGACUGUGGCCAUAUUGCGUGUAUAGAGGGUUUGUAAUGGGAGCUAGCGUUGAAGGGGAAGGGAAAUGCAGCAAACCAAGAGUGGAGGUUGGAGUGCAGCACGUGAACUGCACGGAAGACGUGGCUGCAUUUGUGGCAUUAGCAGCGGCCAUUGAUCUUAGCAUUGACGCUUGCAGGCUUUUCUCACACAAACUCAGGAAGGAACUUUGUCAGCCAUUGGAUCUUCUCGCUUGAGAUUAUUCCCUUUAAUUUCUUCUUCGUUUUUUAAUGCGUUUGGGUAUUUGAGUGGCGCAAUUUGUCGAUGAAUUUUUUAUUCCAUCGUCUUUGAGGGAUUUGGGUUUAUGCUAACUAAAGUAUUGUACAGUUUGCUAGAGAGAAGAAAGAGAGUAGUAGAGACAGAGACAGAGCACUUUUUUUUUUUUUUGGGUUCUUCUUUUCUUUUUCUAAAUAGUUGGUGUGACAUUUGUCUGAUUUCCAUCUUUUUAUUAAAUGGGUUUGGUGAAGAACAGAUAAAGGUUGGUUUUUGAAGAUGAAUUUUCAAUAUCUCUAACUUGACCUUCACAUUUUUAUGUAACUUUUGUUGUGAUGAAUGGAAGAAUUAUUAUAUACUUCAA